CCCCACCAAGUCUGAAUUCAUCCGUGCCAAAUACCAGAUGUUAGCCUUCGUACAUAAACUCCCGUGCCGGGAUGAUGAUGGGGUCACCGCCAAGGAUCUCAGCAAGCAACUCCAUUCCAGUGUCCGAACAGGGAACCUGGAGACCUGUCUGCGCCUUCUCUCCUUGGGGGCCCAAGCCAACUUCUUCCACCCGGAGAAAGGGACCACGCCUCUUCACGUGGCUGCCAAAGCGGGCCAGGUGCUGCAGGCGGAGCUGCUGGUGGUCUAUGGGGCUGACCCAGGCGCCCCCGACGUGAAUGGCCGGACCCCCAUCGACUACGCCAGACAGGCGUCCCAACACGAACUGGCCGAGAGACUGGUGGAGUGCCAGUACGAACUGACUGACCGGCUGGCUUUCUACCUGUGUGGGCGCAAGCCAG